AUGGCUGACGGAAACUCUCCAGCCAACCAGCCGGUGGAUCCCUCGGACCUGGACCCUGACAGCUAUGAACUCCAAGUCGCCUUGGAUCAGCUGUCCGCCGGCAACACGGAAGCCCUCAAGAUAUACCUCGCACGCAAAGAGGGCGUCGAUCCCAACACCGUCUCUCUCAGAUCAACGCCAUGGUCUGCGAACGAACAUGAGAACAGCAAGUACUCCUUCAUCGGCAAGAUGGACGAUGUGCGUCCGCCGGGCGAAGAUGACGCGACCUUGAAGCGAGCCCCUCGGGUGAUCUUCGAAGACAGUGCGGUUGAGUUCGAAUACACGCCACUUGAUCCGGAGAGGCGCCAGUUCCGGCUUCUCAGGCUUGCAUCUCCCUCGGAGGAUGGCAUCGUCAGUCAACUUCAACUCGAAACAUUCAGCCUCGAUGAAGCUCCGCCGUACUUCUGCCUCUCGUACGUUUGGGGAGACCCCAAGAGAUUCAUCGGCAUCAACUGUGACGGAAAGAUGAUAUCUGUCACGGGGAAUCUCUUCCACGCGAUUCAGACUUGCCUCAACCGUCACCCAGACGCGUGGCUUUGGGCGGAUGGUAUUUGCAUCAACCAAGACGACCUGGCCGAGCGGAGUUCUCAGGUCCUCUUUAUGGGAGCGAUAUAUCGGAAUGCGUUGAUGAUUCUUGCUCAUCCGGGCCAUUACAAGUACGCCCUGGUUGAGCCCGAGACGAAUGCCCAAGAUGAAACAGAUACCUUGGAUGACCGAAUGGGCGGCUUGGGAGUUCAGGACAUGAUGAGUUUUGGGGUCCGUGAUGCCAGAGAGGAAAAGGCCAAUGACACGGGAAUAUCCCAAAGGCCUGGAGACUGGCGAGGAACUACAGAGGACGACGCGUACAGCUCUGAGAAUGCACAAGGCGCCAUCAGCAUCAUGACCUUUCUCACACGCAUAUGGUCCAACAACACUCGGCAAAAGGUUCAAUCCGACAAGGAUUGGGAGAAAGUCAACUUGCCUGAUCCCAAGACCGAGGAGGGCCAACAGGUUUGGAAUAAUCUGAUGGACUUCUGGAACCAAGACUGGUACUUCCGCACUUGGGUUCUUCAGGAAGUUGUUCUGGCGAAGAAGGUUGUGGUGUUAUACGACACUACAGCCAUCAGCCUCGAAGCCAUCACGGACUUUUGGGAUAUGGCCAGAAGCCACGGCUUGCCUCGCACCCUCCGACUCGGCCCUUACGCAGACACUUUCAAUAAAGUGAUGCACCUUAGUCCCGCGAGCUCUUUUAAGGUACUCCGGGACCAGCGUCAUGGACAGGAUAGGGAAGCCGACGAAAGUUCUUCGCAAGAGGUCAUUUCAACUGAGCCGACGAUGUUUGAUCUUCUGUGUCUUUCCAGGAACAAUCUGGCAACGGACGCGAGGGACAAGGUUUACGGUCUGCUUGGUCUGACCGACGAUUCUGUCGCCCAGUCCAUCAUCCCUGACUACUCGCCUGAAAAUACGGCAUCGAAGGUGUUUACCGAGGUAGCCACCCAAAUUGCAAACACCGAACGGGUUGUCGACCUUCUGCAUCACGCCGGGGUCGAUCAAGACCUUCCCGACCUUCCUUCAUGGGUCCCAGACUGGACGAAGCAGUCUCGCUCAACCCUCCAGAGUCACUUGUACCAGUGCAUGGGGCAGUCGACACCCAAGGUCUCUGUUCUGGAGAUUGGAGACAAGCCAAAGAUGACGGUUCGAGGAACCGUUAUUUCGCGUGUCAAUACGGUGGGAGGAGCAUGGAAGUAUUACUCACACGACAAUGCUGCACUGACGUUUGGCGGCUUCGAAUUCGCUCCCGAAAUGGACCUGCCUUCCUUCAACGAUGAGGAUGCUCGGAACUUCAUUUUGACCCUCGCAACAAACAUGCUCGAAGAUGUCGCGGAGCGGUACGCUGAGGAAGGCGCCGAUGACGCAUUAGUCCGCACCCUGGCGGCUGACUGCUCCUGGCAGGGUGAGAGGAUCGGGCGAAGAGCGGUACAGGGAGAUGGAGACGACGCCAAAUCAUCCUUGACCGAAGAGGUCCCAAAAGACCAAGUGGAAACCUCUGCUUCGGACGAAUUCUUUGACGCUGUCGCGGCGUUCAAGCGGUUCUACGCCCGAGGUCCUGACUCACCAGAGGACUUGACCGCCCCCGGGAUUCGGGCUCACCAGAGCGGGAUAUUCGUGUGGCUACUCGACUUUGAUGAGGAUGUUGAGGCUGAUCUUCAAAGGCGAAUGAUACCCUACACAGUCCCCUUCCAAGAAAUCCAGAAAGGUCGACGCUUUGCUAUCCUGGGAACAAGAGGUCCCAAAAAGCCAGAGGUCGAGCAAGGAGAUGGGAAGGAUGUGGAGAAUUGGUCCAAGAGGAAGGCACACUACGCUACUGAGGAUUUGGAGCACUACUUCAUGGCAACUCUGCCGUGGAACGCAGAGAUUGAGGACUACAUUGUCCUUCUGGAAGGAUUCAGAACUCCGUUUGUGCUGAGGAAGACCAAGACAGAAAGUGGGGCUGGGCAAGUGGAGGAGUACAAAGUUGUUGGGGACUGCUAUGUUCACGGAGUAAUGGAUGGUGAGCUGCUGCGUUGGGCGGACGAGGUGGACGAGAAGCUUGAGUCGGAGUAUUUCAGCACGGAUAGUGAGGGGCGGGGGUAUGCUGUACGGGCACCACAAGGGUUCGUCCCUUUCACAGACUUUACUCUUGUCUGA